AUGGUCGUACGAGCACGCCGGAAUUGGACGGAGCUUGAGGUGGUGGCUGUACUGACGGCCUUCGUGGAUGCCGUGGGCGACAGAGUGACCGAUCGCUCUGAGUUGUCGGAGUUCCGGAAGCUGGGGUUGUCCUGGCCCAAGCUAGUCGAUGAUAACCCAAGCCUCGCGAACCGAUCACCGGUAGAGUCGAGGAGGAAGGUGAAGGCGAUCCUCACUGAGCUGGGAGCGCUAUCUGAUGACUACGACGGCCAGAAGCAAUACCUAUCUCGUUGGCCAAGCCUGCCCGACUGUGUCCGUGGGGUCCUCAUCGGUGACGAGCCACAGUCGGCUGUGAGCUUCCCUUCAACAACCUCCUCUCCCUCGGUGGUCUCCAACAACUCUCUAGAGCUUACCAACAGCCCGGAGGUGGUCACUAGUAGCCCGACGGUGAGCGAGGACCAGCAGCACGAGGUCACAUUUGAGGACAAUUUGGUGUCGCAUGUGAUGGUGCAGGACCACAGCCCGCCGUCCGCUAAGAGCGCUAGGUCCGCUCUAGAGGAAACAUGGGACUCCGAAGGGAGCACCUCUGAGGAGGAGGAGGAAGAGGAGGAGAGGGCGGCGAUGGAUGCAUGUGUUGAUGAUGUAUUUAAUACCACUGAGAUUCAGAGUGCUGAGUCGCAGCUCCCGGCGGGGUCCCAGAUUUUGGAGGCAUCCCAGGUAACGACGGUGCCGCCUAUUGUAAGUCGACUAUGGAAGUCAGUGACGAUGAUGCCGAGUGAUAUUGAGGAGGAAGAUGAGGAGGAAGAGGGGGAAGACUCCUCGGCUGAUGAGAGCGAGAGAGUGAUGAUGCCGUUGUUCACGGCCAGAGGCGACCAUCGGGACUACAGCGAAGAGCAGAGCUCGGCGGCUACGAUUGUUGAUACUGAGUGGUUGGAUGCAUGUGAGGUAGUCCUCACCGAGGGAGAGGAGAAGGAGUUGGCCAAGAAUAAGGCGGAGCAGGUCCACGGCCUCAGGGUGGGCACGUGGAAUGUAUGGUUCAGCAAGAAGAGUCCCAGCCAGUCACUUUGCCGACAGGAGGAGGUGAAGAAGUUCGUGUGUGGUGUCUACGAGGACGGCUGGCCCGACAUACUCAUGGUGCAGGAGUCCAACCUCUCAGCUCAUCGGGCCCAAAUAUGCUACUUCCACACUCACUUACGACGUUUCGAGUACCUCACAGGCUACAAGAGCCAAGUUCAUGACACGGGCAUUCUUGUAAACUGCGAAAAAUUUUCGGUGGCUCGGCCGGUCCCGGAAGAGUUGCUGACGACUGUUAAGGACCGGUUGGUGAAGGCCCACUGCGGUGCCAUCCCACAUGGUCAGCUCGCCACGGCAUUGAGUAGAAUAUGUGUUGUCGAGCUAGAACACGAGAAGAUGCAGAGUAGAUUUUUUGCUUGCUCAUUUCAUGCAACCAGGCACCAGGCUAAUGCCUGCAGCUCAGCGGUCCUCCUCUUCCUUCAAGAGCUCAGUGACGCAACUCGAAUCCCCGUGUUGGUCGGUGGCGACUUCAACUGCGACAUUGUGGACCUCCUCGAUGGCAACCCUGACCUCGACAACGCCCUAGCAGGACUCACCGUCGCUGAGUACUCGUACAAGCGGCAUCGUUUUAAAGGCAAUCGUGACAAGCUCAUAGACCGUCUGGCUGUGAUUAACCCGCGGUCCAAUAGGGAGUUUGAUCUCAAGCUCCACGGUGUAGCCGCCUGUUCUUUCGAAGAGUCCCUUUUCGUGGACGACCAUGAGCCCGGUGUCCGAGUAUUCGACCAUCUUCCCGUAAUGGGUCAACUCUCGUUAGGCGAGAAGUGGUUCUGAUGUGGUAUUCUUCAGCAGCAUGCUAGUAGUAAGUAU